AUGGUGCCUCUGCAGGACGUGUACAAUGGGAGCUCAGUGUUUAACCUGAGCAGUGACAGCUCUAGAGACGCUUUAUUAUCAGCGACAGGGCUGAGCAGGACAGCACACAGCUUGGUAGCAGUUUGCUUGGGCUGUAUCCUGGUGCUGGGAUCUCUGCACAACUCCCUGGUGAUAAUAAUCUUUGUGAAGUUUGAAGCUGUCAGGACUCCCAUCAAUAUGCUCCUACUCAAUAUCAGUGUGAGUGACCUUCUUGUGUGUGUCUUCGGGACUCCCUUUAGCUUCGCAGCCAAUGUGUCAGGAGAGUGGCUAUUUGGCUACCAGGGAUGUAAAUGGUAUGGUUUCUCCAAUGCUUUAUUUGGUAUUGUGUCUUUGGUUUCUCUGUCAAUACUAUCAUAUGAGCGCUACAUUACCGUAUUGUCAUGUGCAAAAGCAGACGUAUCCAACUACAAAAAAUCCUGGAUUUGUAUUGUUCUGUCCUGGGCCUACUCUCUGCUUUGGACAGUACCACCUCUGUUGGGUUGGAGCAGCUAUGGUCUUGAGAGUUCAGGCACCACGUGCUCAGUUGUAUGGCACUCGAGAUCUACAAACAACGUGUCCUACAUUGUCUGCCUUUUUCUCUUCUGCCUUCUCCUUCCUCUCUUCAUCAUGGUUUUUUGUUAUGGACACAUUGUCAGAAUAAUAAGAGUGCAGGUUUGUCGCAUGAACUUGACCACAGCACAGAAAAAAGAGCAUCGCUUGCUAUUUAUGGUCGUUUGCAUGGUAACCUGUUACCUCCUGUGUUGGAUGCCAUAUGGCUUGGUCUCUUUGAUAACAACAUUUGGCAAACCUGGAAUAAUCACGCCAACUAUAAGCAUCAUUCCUUCUAUUUUGGCCAAGAGCAGCACAUUUAUUAAUCCUCUCAUUUAUAUAUUUAUGAAUCAACAGUUUUACAGGUGUUUUGUUGCAGUUCUGAAAUGUGAAUCCGAUCCUUACAACAAUACCCUAUUAAAGUCCAACCAAUGCAAACAGUUACAGAUGGAAAGGAAAUAUACUCUUCAGGACAGCCAUCUGCAUUCAAGCAAAAUGGGAGAAGUGAGAGAUGUUAGGUUUUCUGGAGAAACCCAAGAAAAAUUAACUAUUGUAGUUCAUUAUACAGAUUAUGUAUGAGACUUAAUUUCAAACCUCCUGCUGGUUAGUAACUAAACAGAGACCUCUAAAAAAGAUUUACUUUGGGAUUGUGUUGACAACGAGCCAGUCGUUGUGGACUCUCACCAUGGUAAUAACGGCGAUGUAUACGUUUGAUGGACAGCACCACAAUCUGGUAAUCACACACCAUGAAAAAUGGGCAAAAUGUGUUUUAUUCAUUGGAAGUAUAAAAGAACUGUUCUUUGUAUUUCUCAAGUUGACUGAGCUGUUCAGAUUGAUAUAACUAAUGUGAAUUCAGGGAAGAAUACUUUUGUCAUAUUGUUAACCAUUAAAGCAUAGCAAUUUCAUGAUGACUAACAACUACUUUGCCAAUAUAGUGCUCUUCAUAUUUAUUUUGUUCCCUAUAUCUCAUGACAUGACAUUUUAUUCUGGAUUUUUUCCCUUGUAAAUAUACUUCAUAUCCUUUUUCUUCCUUUUGUUCUUCUUAAUAACAAUAAUAAUAUCUGUGUGUUUGCUUUUUCUUCAAUCAAUACAUGUUAAAGAAAAAAUAUAUUUUUUCAUUAAAACAUUUGAAACCAUUUUAAA